CCUUUUUGGGACCGGAUAAUGGUGUAAAUGUAGAUGUCUCCGACUCUAUGGCUUGCAAUGUCACUGACGGCUUGUUGUGCGACCCAAUGUUUAGUGAGCUGGUGGUUGAUGCUAGUCCAUUUUUUAAAAAUCCGCCGACGUUGGUUAGUAGGUCGCCGAUGCCGAGAAACCCUGGCAUGCACUGCACGACCAUGGAAAAAACAAGUCCCACUAAAGUCACGAGCAAAGUCAAUUUCAUCUCUGAAUAAAAUUAAAAAAUUAUGAAAAUAUAAAAAAU